CGGGCCUGUGCAAUUUCCCUCCGCAGCCCGGGGCGGGCAGGGCGCAGGAAGACAUAUACGUCCGGAGGGACGAUGCCCGCCGCGGCUUCUCGCGGGGUGCUGGGACGAGUCGCGGGAGCUGUGCGACCCUCCCCAGCGGAGGGGCGGUGGGGGCUGGGCGCAGCAGCGCGGCCCUUCCCUUGUGUGCGGGCCCUGGUCGCCAGCGGGUUUGUCUUGGAAAGCCAGCAAUCCUUGCCUUACUGGGGAAAGACUGACUCAGCAGUCUAGGGAUCCUGGUUGCGCUAUCGAAGUAAUUCCUUACCUGCUUUGAAGAUCUAAGAGAGCUUUCUGUUUGCACAAGGCAUAAAAGAAGAUGGAAGAAGAUGAGACUUUGCAAGGUGAAACAGAGAGGGCAGAGGUUGAAACACAUGCUGCUCCUGAGGGCAGUCGGCGGGUAUCAGUGAGUGAGUUCCUUUGCCACUGCUGUUACGACAUUAUGGUCAAUCCCACCACCCUGAACUGUGGGCACAGUUUCUGCAGACAUUGCCUAGCUUUGUGGUGGGUGUCUUCCAAGAAGAAUGAAUGUCCUGAAUGCAGAGAAAAAUGGGAAGGAUUCCCCAAAGUCAACAUCCUCUUUAGGGAUGUUAUUGAAAAGCUAUUUUCUGAUGCCAUUGAACAAAGAAAAGAAGAUAUUCUACAAAACAGUGAUGUAGCACGCAGCUUAGCAACCUUCCAAAAAUAUGGGAAUGACCAGAUGCCUACAGUUCGGAACACAGGAAGAAUUAAUCCUCAAGGAGGAGGUUUUUUCUCAGGCGUUCUGACAGCUUUAACUUGUGUAGCAGUAGUUCUACUUGGGUAUCACUGGAGCAGCAGAGAGUUUGAAGAAGAUUAUCUUGUCCACAAGCCUGUUGCUAAAUGGACUGCUAAGGAAGUGAUAAUUUGGCUAGAGCAGCUGGGCCCAUGGACUUCACAUUAUAAGGAAAGAUUCCUACUGGAGAAAGUGAAUGGAAGACUCCUCCUAACACUGACAGAGGAGGAUUUCACAAAAGAGCCUUACAGUAUAGAGAGCAGUAACCACAGGAAAGCUAUUAUGGCAGAACUGGAACGUGUGAAAGCUUUAGGUGUUAAACCACCACAGAACCUUUGGGAAUAUAAGGCAGUAAAUCCAGGAAAGUCCCUUUUUCUUCUGUAUGCACUGAAGAGUUCUCCAAGACUCAGUAUGUUAUACCUGUAUUUGUUUGAUUACACAGAAGCUUUCCUACCUUUUAUCCACACAAUUUGCCCCACACAAGAAGAUGUGUAUGAAGAUACUGUCAUAAAACUAAUAGACCCUCAAGAUCCUUCCUGGAAACAGUGGAGAGAAUUCAUUGUAAAGUAUUUAUUUCUGCCAUACCAGUUGAUAGCCGAAUUUGCUUGGGAUUGGCUAGACGUGCACUACUGGACAUCAAGAUUUAUAAUUGUAAAUGCCAUGUUGCUCUCUGUUCUGGAGUUAUUCUCCUUUUGGAGGCUCUGGUCAAGAAGAGAAUUGAAGACUGUUCCUCACAGAAUGUGGAGACAUUUCUGGAAAGCCUUAACCCAGGGUCUUUUUGUUGCCAUUUUUUGGCCUUUCAUUCCUCAAUUUGUCUGCAAUUGUUUGUUUUACUGGGCCUUGUACUUUAACCCAAUUACAAACAUUGAUCAGCUGGUUAAAGAAGUAAGGCGUCAUGAGACUUAAGUGCAGUGACUGCUAUUGGAACAUUUGAGCUGUUUAGCUUGUAAAAAUGGACUUAAAAUAAACUUUGCUCUUCUUCUUUAUAUAUGUGGCAGUGAAAGUGGUAGACUAUGUUAAUUUAAACGUACAGAAAAAAAAUCCCUAAAAUAAGUUACUUUUAAACUAGCUGAUUCCAAAUCAGAGGAUGGGCUUUAUUAUCCAAUAGUAAUCUUCUAUGGGGGAAAAAUAAUUGCAUUCCUGAUUUAGCCAUAUAAAACUUAAAACAGUCAUGUCACUCUAUUUUACAUCAGAUCAAUCUUGCCUGUUUCAUCUUGAGCAUUCCAGUUAUUUUCAAGCUUGCCUUAAAAUGAGAGUUUUCUGAAGAGCUACUGUGUGUUCCUCUACUUCAGUAUGCCAAAGGAAGGCUCUUCCUGGAUAGGCUUGAUACUGAAAGUACUUCAGUGUUUUCAGCUUUCUGUGUAAAGAUGUGACUGUCAAAUACGCAGUCUCACAGCAGGGAAUUCUAAAAUUCCUGCUGUUGAAGGCAAAAGCUGCUUGAGUUUUCUUGUUCUCUGGAAUAUGUGGUGAUCCAGAUCGGUUAGACUUCAUCAGUAGUUUCUUUAAUGCUCUCCUCUUGAAGUCUGUUGUUAAUUCUUAAAUUCAGGGUUAUCUCUUAAAAAAGAAUUAGUUUGGGAAAGUGACGACACAUCUUGCUGUAGUAUAAUGUGUGUAUCUAGAUCUGUGAGCAAAUACUGACUGGAAAGUUUAUUUUGUGUAAUCAGAAUUGCCAUUUGUUAGUGUAUGCUUUUUGACUGAAGCAAAAGUUUGAUUUUUUUUUUUUUUUUAAGAGCUUUGUUCCCUUGCAUUCUCCAUUGGUUUGCUUUUUUUGAUUGGUUGGUUUUGUUGUGUUUGGGGUUUUUUCCUCAUCUGUAUCAUUUAUAUGAAUUUUAAAUUUGCAUAUGAAUAUUUUUAAAGAUUAAAGAUCUCUUCUGAAAUCUUCA